GCCAGACGGGGCGGGAGGCUCCGGCGGGCAGCAGCGGAGGGCUGCGCUCCCCCGAGGGCGGCGGCCCUGCCGUAGCCCAGGCGGCCGGAGGAAGAGGACGAGGAAGGGCGUGGGCUCCGGCGGGCUCGCUCCGGUAUGGCCCUGGCGGACAGCGCCCGCGGGCUGCCCAACGGCGGCGGCGUGUCGCCCGCGGCGGGGAGCGGGGCGCCGGGCAGCGGGGCGGCCGCAGCGGCGACGGGCGGCUGGUCUUCCUUCCCGGAGAUCGUGGAGCUGAACGUGGGCGGGCAGGUGUACGUGACGCGGCGCUGCACCGUGGUCUCGGUGCGCGACUCGCUGCUCUGGCGCAUGUUCUCGCAGCAGCAGCCCAGCGAGCUGCCCCGGGACAGCAAGGGUCGCUUCUUCCUCGACCGCGACGGCUUCCUCUUCCGCUACAUCCUGGACUACCUGCGGGACCUGCAGCUGGUGCUGCCCGAGCACUUUCCCGAGCGCAGCCGCCUCCAGCGGGAGGCUGAGUACUUCCAGCUGCCCGACCUGGCUCGGCGCCUGGCGCAGACUCGGGCGGCCGCCGCCCGCCCCGCCGUCCUGCACCGCGACGGCUCCAUCUGCGCCGAGGAGCCGCCGCCGCCGCUGCUCGGCUACCUGGAGGCCGAGCCGCUGGAAGGAGGCGGCGGGGCCGUGGCGUCCGCCCCGUCGCCCACCGCCAGCCGCAGCCCCUCGGGCGGGCCGCUGCUCACGCCCUCGCAGUCGCUGGACGGGGCGGGCGGGCGGCGCUCGGGCUACAUCACCAUCGGCUACCGGGGCUCCUACACCAUCGGGCGGGAGGCGCAGGCUGAUGCCAAAUUCCGGCGGGUGGCCCGCAUCACUGUCUGCGGCAAGACGGCCCUGGCCAAAGAGGUCUUCGGGGAGACCUUGAACGAGAGCCGCGACCCCGACCGCCCUCCCGAGCGCUACACUGCCCGCUACUACCUCAAGUUCAACUUCCUCGAGCAAGCCUUCGACCGACUUUCCGAGGCCGGCUUCCGCAUGGCCGCCUGCUCCUCCACUGGCACCUGCGCCUUCGCUCCCGAGCAGGGCGGUCCCGCCGAUGACAAGAUCUGGACCAGCUACACCGAGUAUGUUUUCUGCCGGGACUGAGCAUCCGCCCAGCCCGUGGCGUGGGGACAAGACAGCCGGCCCUGCACACCCUCACACCUACGGUCCCCUCGCGUCCCGAAGGAAGGAGGAUGUGAAGCGGGGCUGUGUCUCCCUGUGCUUUUCUCACCCGGUGUCUGCCUCCGCGCACAAGGCGGGCCAGCCCCGGCGCAGCCCCCACCCCUCUUGCAGCACCUCCUGACGGCCCCGGGGCAGGAGGUCACCGUGUUGUGCCUCGGCUGUCGUGUCCCUGCUUGGCCAUAUCCUGGCUCCCACCUUCACCCUCCCUCCUGCAUCUCCCAGUAGCUGUGUUGGUAGCAAGGAAGGAGAGAAAUAUUGGGAGUAGACAAAUGCCGGUCCCACAAAAGCAUGCAUGUGCACCCAGUCUUUGUCCCUCUCCCCACACAGAGCUGAGGUAUAGCUCUGGCAGGGUGGGGCAUUUUAAAAUUCAUCCAGGUAGGGCUGAGAAACUUUGAAGUUGCUUUGAGCAACUUCUGUUGAAGAAGGCAUGGCAAAUGCCUGUCUUUUCCCAUCCCGAUACCCUUAUGAGGGAGUUUGCCUUGGUGGGCAGACCCCAAAUGGUCCCUUUUUAACUCCUCCCUUCCCCACCCAUCAAAGUGAUGCCUGUCUGUGAAGGACUGUCACAUAGAAAGGAAGCCUGACUGUGAGGGCUUUGCAGUGGCUCACGCUUUAUCUGUUGAGAUGAGUAAUUUUGCAGGAGGCGUGCAUGUGGCCCUUCACAACUGGUUGCUCCUAUCUCCCCUCUUUGCUCCCCACAUCUCUGAACUCCUCUCUGUUAAGCUGGACCAGGGCCUGCACAGCAAGCAUGUAAAGCUGAUGUGAAAGGACAGAUCUGCUGGAUAACCAAUCAUUUGAACUAUGAAGUGUCCUCAGAGACAUGUGUUUAUUCCCUUAAGAGGUAAAACAAAGACACUUUGAAAAAUUAAAGUACUUAUGAAUUGUAACUUCCAUGGGUGAACUGAAGUCCUU